GGAAACCCAGUUUUGAAAACGUCUGUCAUCAUUAAAGGAGUACUAGUAGAGAGCAGACUGGCAGAGCAUGACAACACUUCUGAAUCCACUGGAGUUUCACUGAAUCCCUUUCCAAUGUUUCAGUGUUUUGCGCCAUGGUGCCUCUGUCAGGGUAAGCAACACAACUAGUUGGUUUCUUUUGUUGGUGUUCCGGCUACAUUUCCUGUAAAGGUCGUUAGCCUAGCUGUUGUGCUAGUCAGACUGUCACCAAACUUCAUUAUCAAAUUGGGAUAAUUGGCGUUAUGAAGGGUGGAAUUGUCAGUUUCUCAAAGGAGCAUGGCCCUAAACUCAUGGUGUUCAGACACCUGUUAGUCUGUUUGUCAUAUAGAAGUGAGUUCAGGAAGCCUUAUUAGCAGUACAGUAGGUCUUAUCAAAUUGUAUUUGUCACAUGCGCCGAAUACAACAGGUGUAGACCUUACAGUGAAAUGCUUACUUACCAGCCCUUAACCAACAAUGCAGUUUUAAGAAAGAAUACAACAAAAAAAAACUUGUGUAAUUGGCCAUUUAUUUUUGUGAAAAAUGUAUUUUUCCAUUGUUGUUUUUAUGGGUAGCCUAACUGCCGCUGGUUUUGGUAGCCUUACCAUCAAUCUAUUCCUUUCUACUAAUUUGUUUGGUAGCACAGCUUUAGUCUUUUUUUUAUCAGUGCUAAAAUAUGAGUAAAAGGAACCUUUUCGAGGUAACACAUUCGGGCAGGUAUAGUCUUGUUUCAUAGUUGUUGUUUGGUAGCUUUGUCUUCAGCAUUAGUAGUUUAUACUGAACAAAAAUAUAAACGCAACAUGCAACAAUUUCAAAGAUUUGGGAACUGGAACACGCUGUCGUACACAUCGAUCCAGAGCAUCCCAAACAUGCUCAAUGGGUGACAUGUCUGGUGAGUAUGCAGGCCAUGGAAGAACUGGGACAUUUUCAGCUUCCAGGAAUUGUGUACAGAACCUUGUGACAUGGGCCCGCGCCAUGAGGUGAUGGCGGCGAAUGAAUGGCACGACAAUGGGCCUCAGGAUCUCGUCACGGUAUCUCUGUGCAUUCAAAUUGCCAUCGCUAAAAUGCAAUAGUGUUCGUUGUCCCUAGCUUAUGCCUGCCCAUACCAUAACCCCACCGCCACCAUGGGGCACUCUGUUCACAACGUUGAUAUCAGCAAACUGCUCGCCCACACGACGCCAUACACGUGAUCUGCGGUUGUGAGGCCGGUUGGACGUACUGCCAAAUUCUCUAAAACGACAUUGAAGAAAGGAACAUUACAUUCUCUGGCAACAGCUCUGAUGGACAUUCCUGCAGUCAGCAUGCCAAUUGCAUGCUUCCUCAAGACAUGAGACAUCUGUGGCAUUGUAUUGUGUGACAAAACGGCACAUUUUAAAGUGGCCUUUUAUUGUCCCCAGCACAAGGUGCACCUGUGUAAUGAUCAUGCUGUUUAAUCAGCUUCUUGAUAUGCAACAACUGUCAGGUGGCUGGAUUAUCUUGGCAAAGGAGAAAUGCUCACUAACAGGGAUGUAAACAAAUUUGUGGCCAAAAUUUGAGAGAAAAAAGCUUUUUGUGCAUAUGGAAAAUGUAUGGGAUCUUUUUAUUUCAGCUCAUGAAACAUGGGACCAACACUUUACAUGUUGCGUUUAUAUUUUGGUUCAGUAUAGAUCAGAGCCAGCUGGUCCACAUAUUGCUACAUUGCAUUGUUCACAGCAUAGGCCCAGUUUCAAUUUAAAGGAAAAAUCCACUCAAACUAUAUUUAGGUAUUUUUUUAUAUUAGUCCCAAAAUGUUUAGCAUGUGAAGCAAGAUUAUGGACUUUCAAGAAGCAAAGUGUCACUUGCUACAUCAUCAUGAUGAUGCGUUUUGUGUCAUAUGAUGCGUUUUGCAUUAUCAUGAUAAUGUGGCAAGUGACACUUUGCUUCUUGAAAGUCCCAAUAUCUUGAAAACUUGACUGCUGACAUGCAAAACAUAAGUCAAAGUUAAGUGCAAGGCCUAAUUCUAGGUUCCCAUAUUUUAAUGGCUUGGUAGUAGUUACUUACUGUUUACACUUAUGUAUGUAUGCACAGGUGCCAUUGAAACCCAUAAUAAGGUUGUUGUUGAUGCUCUCCAGAUAAUUUUCUCGAAGCCCCAACUUGCCUCAUAAUAUACAGCAGGUAAUUUAAAUGGGAUGAAUAGUGGGGGAAGCUUUUACAGAGGGCCAGGACAUUUAUAUAUCUGAUCAGUCAGCUUUGUCAAAUUAAGCAACAGCCCAUUCACACAUUUACACAAGGCCCAUCCCUAACGGAGUCGUAUGCAUCUACAAAUAUUAAGGACAGCCCUCCCUCAUAAUUUUCUGAAUCCUUUUAGCUAGGCAAGGCCUACUCCUUAUCUGAAGGUCUUUGGUAGGUUUUUAUUUACCUACAUUUUCCCAAUCUCCUGUUCCUCAUUAUUCAGACCGUACGCUAAAAUGCCACGUGAUGGGGUUGAAUGUGUUGCUGAGACUGAGUGGUAUAAAUUGAGUUUUAAUGGUGGCCAUUAUAAAAAAACAAAAUUUAAUGACUAUCAUACCAGUUAUGACUUUUGUCACUUCCUGUUCUUUACCUGUAUGGUUAAUGGAAGGUAUACAACCAUCUGCUUUCGUUGAUGACUCAACCCUGUAGCUUAUAGUGUAUUGAGCAGUCAGGGAAUUGCCAUAGGCCUUAUGUAGCUUAGUCUAACCAGGAAACAGUUAAACAGCACACGUGCAGUGCCUUGUGUUUUGAGCGGAGGUGAGGGACAGGGUAAUCUUACUCUGUCAACACUCCUUAAAGCAUUGUUCUACUCUUCACAGCAACAGAGAGGCUAGGGUAGGCCUGCAUAUGUCAAAGUGUGGACAUAUUUUUGAGAAACUACCAACUAACUUUUAACUUCAUGGAGAUCUCUGUUAAUUGAACCCACUUUUCAGGUGAUGCCUGCCUGACCCUCUAAUCUCUCGUGGAAAUAUUUUUUUUAAACCACAAAAAUAGAACUCACGAUUAGAAUGUGUACACGUUUUCCCUGGGAUGUCACCAGAUGCUUGCAGUGAUGAUUUACAAGCCGUUAGUAGAAAUGAUGUUGAUGGUCCUGUUGGCAGAUUGCGUUUUGGCCACAUACAUUGUACGUUACAUUUGAGUAAUUUAGCAGACACUCUUAUCCAAAGCAAUUAGGGUUAAGUGCCUUGCUCAAGGGCACACCAGCAGAUUUUUCACCUAGUCGGCUCGGUGAUUCGAAAAACGACAACCAACAUGAAAUUAUGAUUUAUGGUCAAUAUUUUUAUUGGCUUGAUAUAUUUGAGGGUGGGAUAUGUACUGUAGAAAAUGGAAGUGGGUAGUUAGGAAGCAAUGUACGCAGCAGGCCUACCUAGUACUAGAUAGCCUAGCUGUUAAAAUGCUAAUUUCAUUCAUUCCAUUGACUUAACUGUGUUAUCUCUGUCCCACAGUUGUUCCAACAUACAAAUCAGUAGCUUUCUGAUCACCAUGAAUCAUUGUAAUAACUCUUUAGACUUGUGGGUGUGUAGAUGUUCUAGUCCCCCUUUUAAGCCAUUGAAACAUGCCCUUCCCCUAAGUUGUUGUAUCAGUUUUUCUUUGUGUACUCUGCAGUAUCACUUGGUGUUUUUUCAUGUAGACAGAAGUAUUUGGAAGCUGCCAUUUUCUCUUCUCCACGCUUAGUGACUGUGUCUCUGUUGUUAGCAACAUGAACCGUGAGGACCGGAAUGUGCUCCGUAUGAAAGAAAGAGAAAGGAGAAAUCAAGAAAUCCAGCAGGGAGGAGAGGCCUUUCCAGCUCACUCCCCUCUCUUUCCUGAACCUUAUAAAGUUGUAAGUUUAUUUUGUUAUUCAUUUUGUUUUGCUUCUGUCAUUUAGUUAACUCUUGGAGUUCAGACUUUUGUUACUCCUAUAGCCUAAGUAUUCCCAUUAUUCUAUGAUUGAUUUGUAGGAUUCAUUGAUUGAUACAUCUUUUUAAACCAGAGAACUGCCUACUUGUUUUUAUAUCCGAACAGUGGCAGGGAGAGUUUGAGGUAAGUGUAUUGUUUGGGGGAACUGCAUCAGCUGCAGAUAAUGUGGGCCCAGGGCUGUUGCUGGCUGCUCAGGGGGAAUGUAAGGCCCUGCCCUCGCUGGCUGAGGUGCCCUGCCCUCGCUGGCUGAGGUGCCCUGCCCUCGCUGGCUGAGGUGUCCUGCCCUCGCUGGCUGAGGUGUCCUGCCCUCGCUGGCUGAGGUGCCCUGCCCUCGCUGGCUGAGGUGUCCUGCCCUCGCUGGCUGAGGUGUCCUGCCCUCGCUGGCUGAGGUGUCCUGCCCUCGCUGGCUGAGGUGUCCUGCCCUCGCUGGCUGAGGUGUCCUGCCCUCGCUGGCUGAGGUGUCCUGCCCUCGCUGGCUGAGGUGUCCUGCCCUCGCUGGCUGAGGUGUCCUGCCCUCGCUUUCUGAGGUGUCCUGCCCUCGCUUUCUGAGGUGUCCUGCCCUCGCUGGCUGAGGUGUCCUGGCUGAGAUCCUUUAGCUUGUAUUUCCUUCCUUACUCCUCCUCACAGAAGAGCCUGAGGUAAGUGCAUAACCCCUAGUCCCUUUUGUCCCAUCAAAUUGCUAGAUCAUCGUGGGCAGUAAACAGUCCACAUGUAAAGGGGACCUGCAUACUGAUAUCUGUAGGAUACCUGUAUGGCACAGUGGCCUAUCAUAUAGCGGUUGAGUAGUAGACCUAACCGUUAUUGAUGUUGAUGCUUACUAGGCCCCUGUAGUCAACUAAACCAGUGGUUCCCAACCUUUUUCAGUUACUGUACCACCAACUGAUUUUUGCUCUGUACAGAGUACCCCUGAAGUACAUGUGCAUUUUUACCAGUAAGCCUAUGGUCUCAUGAGUCUUCUCAAGUACCCCCAGGGGUCAUAGUACCCCUGGUUGGGAACCACUGAACUAAACAACAGUAAACAGUUGGUUUAGGGAUGCACAUUCACCAUGAGCACUGAUGUGGGCCAGCGCUCCCACCCCGCCAACUCAAUUAUAAAGAUUUCAGCCCCUGGCUGAGUCUAAUCUUUGUCACUAACCAGAUUUAAACUGAGUUAAGUGGCUCCUCACUUAGCUAGAGGACCCAUCAAGGAUGGCUUGGAAUGCGUCAUGACAGGUAGCGAAUGGAAAGGGGUGACAGGUGAGUGCUACCUGGAAAGCCAAGUUGUCUUUUGUCCCCACAUAGUGAAAGGUAAGCAGGUGGCUUUGCCGAUGAAGGCUCUCCCACCGCCAUCCAUUGACAACCAUGGCAGCCAUGUUGUGUUCAGCAGCUCUCAGAGCCCUGAGUUCACUGUUUACCCAUGCAGUUGUUUACCCAUGCCGUUACAAAAUGAGGCAUGUAAUGUAGAAAUGGGAAACAUCAACUGGCUAACUAAAACUCCAACUUCUCACCUGGGCAGUAGAAUGAUGCUUUGUGAUAUUUUCUAGAGAGUUACGUGACAUCAGUCGUGACCAGUAGUAUUCAUGGUCCAGUAAAAUUAGUUUACUUUGUCCUCCUGUAAAUUCCAUGGCUGUUACUUUAAAGAUCCAUUAACAAAGCUGCCACUGAAGUUUUACAAUUAUAGAAGCGUGGUAACAUUUUUACACUGGUUGCUCAGAUGCAGCUCAGCUUUCCCCAGUCAGAAAGAAAAAUGCUGAUCUUAAAUGUCUUUGUAGAAUAAUGACUCCACUUCAGAUGUAUUUGUCUAGGCCUGUUGCUUUUUCCUUCAAAGUAUAUUACUCUCUGAUGAUAUAAUUUUUUGAAGUGAUCUCCUGAGAACAUUGUAAAUGUAGUUUUAAAACUGGUGCAUGAAUUGUAAAAGAUAGGGUUAGACAUUACCUUUUUCCGCUCUUGUUUACUACCGAGAGCCCUUCCACCAAAGUGUGGGCCUUGCAUGGUGGCACACUUAAGCAUUGUACACAAGCAACAUAUUGCAAGGCAACCCCAAUCACUAGUGUGAAUGGGCAAUGAUGGAUUUUUUUUUUAGUCAUUUAGCAGAUGCUCUUAUCCAGAGCGACUUACAUGAGCAAUCAUGGUUAAGUGCCUUGCUUAAGGGCACAUCGACAGAUUUGUCGGCUCAGGGAUUAGAACCAGCGACCUUUCGGUUGCUGGCACAACGCUCUUACCCACUAAGCUACCUGCCGGCCAGCUCAUUUUUCUUUCCUUUCCUCACAAGUGCUGUGCUGUGUCUGUCCAUCCAGGUCAGACAAGCUUCGUGUAGCACGUGUUCUUACAUCUCCUGCUACAGAUGUUGGCUUGUGUUUCUCACCCCACAGCUUGUAUGUGUCAGAAAGAAUCGGUUUGGGGCCCCCAUGUGAAAUUGGAUAGGCUCCACACUCUGUGGUUUACCUCUUGUCAUCUGUAGCGGGAGUGAUUGAUUAACCUCUAGUGGAGCCAUGGAAGGGCCUUAUCUCUCUAUGCAGAUGGUCCCCAAUGGUCGUGAGGCGACUGAAUAAGCCAAUCAUUUCUUGUGUGAUUAGUUGAUAGGGCCCUCCUCUCUUCAAUAUUGUUUAAACUUUAAGCUUUUAGAGGGCAAAUAAUAUAAUGAUUUUUUUGUGAAUGUUUUUAGUUAUAAGAAACAUUGAAGGCUCUUUUGCCUCAAAGAAAAAGGGUUAUUCGUAAUUCAGAUGUUUUUUUCACCACAAUAAAUUUAAAGUUUGGGUAGCAUAUUUCAUUCAUGUAUUAGACUAAAGGCAAUUCAUUCGAGGCCUUAACUGCUGUCCUGAAGGUGACCCUCUGUUUCUCUCUCUCGCUCUCUCUCUUUCUGUUUUUGUCUUUCUGUUUUUGUUUGUGCAGUCCAGCAAAGAAGAUAAACUGUCCAGUCGUAUCCAGAGUAUGCUUGGAAACUACGACGAGAUGAAGGAACCUAUCGGAGACACAAUUCCAAAACUCGGUGGCAAACCCUCAGGCUCAUCCUCCUCCGAGGAGAAGUCCGGCCAGUCUCUGUUUGGGGAGCAGCGUGGUGGUGGCCAGAGUAGUAAAUGGACUCCAGUAGGGCCAGCAGCCAGCACCUCGUCCUCCCAGUCCUCCAAGAGAUCCAGCCUCCAGGGCAGCCACAGCGGUAGCAGGAGUAGCCAACGACACGAGCGGGAACACAAGAAGUCCAGCAAGCAUGGCUCAGAACACUCCAAGUCCCACACGUCCAGCCCAGCCAAGGGCUCCCUGAGCUCCAGUCACUCCCGUUCACUGGGCGCUGAGCACCACGGCAAAGAGCGCUACCGCUCCAAGUCCCCACGCGAGCGCGAGGCCAACUGGGACUCCCCGUCGCGUGUGCACACGUCCUUCCCCAGCGCCCCGCACUCCAGCCAGGCCUUCCCCCCUUCGCUUAUGUCCAAGCCCAGCUCCAUGCUACAGAAGCCUACAGCCUACGUGCGUCCCAUGGAUGGCCAGGAGACGGUGGAGCCCAAGACCUCGUCAGAGAUGUACAGCGGCCAGUCCCACAGCAGCACCAUGGGGGAGAUGAAGUCCAACGGCAAGGCCUCGCUCUCCAAGCUCAAGAUCCCCUCGCAGCCUGUUGAGGUAAAACCACAGAACUAGAAUGAGUAGAACAUUCUAGAGCAGGGGUGUCAAACUCAUUUUAGCUCAGGGGCCACAUGGAGGAAAAUCUAUUCCCAAGUGGGCCGGACCGGAAAAAUCAUGGUAUAUAUAACUUAAAAACAACAACUUCAGAUUGUUUUCUUUGUUUUAAUACGAUCAACAUACAACAUAAAGCUGGAGCCUGAGGACAGUGUGUCCAAAAUAGUACAAGCACAACAUCACUAUUAAUAAUAAAACACGUCAAGUUUAUUUGAAAAUUCUAAAGAAAAAGAACACACAAACACACAAUGCCUCAGUGAUUAACAGAACUGUUUCACAGAUCACAGAACUAUAUCAGGGUGUCAUUUCUCAGGCAGAAAUGUAGAUAAAAAUAAUGAAAUCCUGUUCCCCAAACAAGUGCAAGAACCACAGAGUCAAGAAUAGGUUAAAUAUACAAAUAAAAUAAAAUCAAUUAAAAACAAUAGCACAUCAACAUAAAAACAUAUAAACAUAAAGCUGGAGCCUGAGGACAGUGUCCAAAAGCACAACAUCACUAUUAAUCAUAAAACACCUCAAGUUAUUUGAAAGUUCUGAGGACAAAGAACACACAAACACACAAUGCCUCAGUGAUUCACAGAAGUAUAUCACAGAUCACAGAACUAUAUCAGGGUGUCAUUUCUCAGGCAGAAAUGUAGAUAAAAAUAAUGAAAUCCUGUUCCCCAAACAAGUGCAAGAACCACAGAGUCAAGAAUAGGUUAAAUAUACAAAUAAAAUAAAAUCAAUUAAAAACAAUAGCACAUCAACAUAAAAACAUAUAAACAUAAAGCUGGAGCCUGAGGACAGUGUCCAAAAGCACAACAUCACUAUUAAUCAUAAAACACCUCAAGUUAUUUGAAAGUUCUGAGGACAAAGAACACACAAACACACAAUGCCUCAGUGAUUCACAGAAGUAUAUCACAGAUCACAGAACUAUAUCAGGGUGUCAUUUCUCAGGCAGAAAUGUAGAUAAAAAUAAUGAAAUCCUGUUCCCCAAACAAGUGCAAGAACCACAGAGUCAAGAAUAGGUUAAAUAUACAAAUAAAAUAAAAACAAUUAAAAACAAUAGCACAUCAACAUAAAAACAUAUAAACAUAAAUCUGAAAGCGUUGCUCAAACUCCCGUAACAGUCCCGUUAUUUUAUCUUUGAACCGCUUCAUGUCUGCCACAUGUUGGGUCGCGCACACAUUUUUCAGACAGGGGAAGUGAGCUGCAUCACCACCGGCAAGUUGCGUCUCCCACAAUGACAGCUUCAACUUGAAAGAACGUAUGCUGUCAUAAUACUGCGUGACAACUUUGUUGCGCCCUUGCAGCUGUUUGUUCAAGUUAUUCAGGUGCUCUGUAACAUCCACCAUAAAUGCAAGGUCCUGCAUCCAUUCUGCGGAAUGAAAUUCUAACACUGGUUUGCCCUUUUCUUCCAUGAACUGUUCAAUUUCUUCUCGUAAAUCAAAGAAACGCCUCAGCACAGCACCUCGGCUUAACCAUCUUACCUCAGUGUGGUAUGGCAGGCCAUAGAUGUGGUCUUUCUCUCUGAGAAGGCUGUCAAACUGACGGUGAUUCAGGCUUCUGGAUCGGAUGAAAUUAACAGUUUGGAUGACCACCUUCAUGACGUUAUCCAUCUUUAAUGACUUGCAACACAAAGCCUCCUGGUGCAAAAUACAGUGAAAAGUCAAAAAAUCACGUCCUCCAUUUGCAGAUUGCACUUUCUCUCUGAACUUUGUCACAACGCCUGCUUUUUUCCCGAUCAUUGAGGGCGCACCAUCUGUAGCCAGGCUGACAGCGCGGGACCAGUCCACUCCGACCCUGUCCAGCGCGCCGACGAGUGCGGUAAAAAUAUCAGCUGCUGUCAUUGUAUCUGUCAUCGGCACCAACUCCACGAACUCCUCGGUGACGGUCAAUGUGUCAUCAACUCCGCGGAUGAAAAUGGCCAGUUGUGCAACAUCUGUAAUGUCCGUGCUUUCAUCAAUUGCAACCGAAAACGCAAUAAAUGACUUUACUUUUUGCUUCAACUGGCUGUCCAAAUCCACUGAAAGAUCGGAAAUCCUGUCUGCAACUGUGUUUCUUGUCAGGCUGAUAUUUGCAAAAGCCUGCCGCUUUUCAGGGCACACAAUCUCCGCUGCCUUCAUCAUGCAUGUUUUUACAAAUUCACCCUCACUAAAUGGUUUUGAAGCCACUGCGAUUUCAUUAGCAAUGAGGUAGCUAGCUUUCACUGCAGCGUCACUGAUGUCUCGGCUGUGAGUAAACACAGACUGCUGUUUCUUCAGACCCGCCAACAGUUCAUUCACCUUCUCUCAUCUCCGCUGUCCUUGAAAGUUGUCAUAUUUGUCGGCAUGAAGACUCACAUAGUGGCGACGAAGGUUAUAUUCUUUCAGCACUGCAACAUGCUCUGAACACACCAAACAUACAGCUUUCCCAUUCAAUUCCGUGAAGAAAUAGGAUGACCAUUUUUCUUGGAACACUCUGCACUCUGCGUCCACUUUUAUCUUUUUUGACAGAGACAUAUUGGGGCAAUGAGGGUGCCAAAGCACAUAAUGUUAAAAGUAGAAGCCGUAAUAAAUAUCGCGGGCAAAACAAAGUAGCUCAUUGGCUGCACGUGCUUGACCUACUUGCUCUGCCCCGGUAUAAACAGUUUGCUUGCUUAACACAAUUGCUAUUGCGCCAUCCAGUGGACGCAAUUGGAACAGCAGUUUAUUUUAUUGAAAAAUUGCAGCGCAUUUUUAUACUUUACAAAAUUAUUAUUAUUAUUAUAAAAAAAAAAAAAAAAUGUAAAACAUUUUUUUUAUCAUCUCGCGGGCCGGAUUAAACCCGUUUGCGGGCCGGACGUUUGACACCCCUGUUCUAGAGAUUCUAGAGAAUAAAACGUGUUUCAUUACAAUGAUGUCAUUAUGUUAGCAUGGCACUUAGUCACUUACAAGAUGAAAGAUGACACAUGAACAUUUGUUGUUUACCUGCCAUUUUUGAAAAAAAUCCUUACAAUGCUAUGUUAUUUGUAGGGUUCCAUGACUGGGGAUGCCAAUUGUGUUGAUGAGAUUUUAAAGGUAAGUACGUUUUUCAGAUGAUAUCUUGUAUUGUAAGCUGAGUAAGACAUUUUAGUUUUUUUCUUCCAGUCAUUAAGGUCUUCACUUUACAUUUUCUAUUUUUCCCUCCAGGAAAUGACUCAGUCCUGGCCCCCUCCGUUGACAGCCAUCCACACCCCCUGUAAAACGGAGCCUUCAAAGUUUCCAUUCCCUACCAAGGUCAGACACAGUUGUGAAUUCAGCCGGCACUAUUUCUAGACUAGUCAUUGGUACAAUAUGUAAAAUGUAUUUUUUCAUGGAUUGUUGUUGUUGUUGAUUAUAUUGGAAUGCUCUAUAUGAAAAUGGUAUAUACAGUGGGGAAAAAAAGUAUUUAGUCAGCCACCAAUUGUGCAAGUUCUCCCACUUAAAAAGAUGAGAGAGGCCUGUAAUUUUCAUCAUAGGUACACGUCAACUACGACAGACAAAUUGAGGGGAAAAAAUCCAGAAAAUCACAUUGUAGGAUUUUUAAUGAAUUUAUUUGCAAAUUAUGGUGGAAAAUAAGUAUUUGGUCACCUACAAACAAGCAAGAUUUCUGGCUCUCACAGACCUGUUACUUCUUCUUUAAGAGGCUCCUCUGUCCUCCACUCGUUACCUGUAUUAAUGGCACCUGUUUGAACUUGUUAUCAGUAUAAAAGACACCUGUCCACAACCUCAAACAGUCACACUCCAAACUCCACUAUGGCCAAGACCAAAGAGCUGUCAAAGGACACCAGAAACAAAAUUGUAGACCUGCACCAGGCUGGGAAGACUGAAUCUGCAAUAGGUAAGCAGCUUGGUUUGAAGAAAUCAACUGUGGGAGCAAUUAUUAGGAAAUGGAAGACAUACAAGACCACUGAUAAUCUCCCUCGAUCUGGGGCUCCAUGCAAGAUCUCACCCCGUGGGGUCAAAAUGAUCACAAGAACGGUGAACAAAAAUCCCAGAACCACACGGGGGGACCUAGUGAAUGACCUGCAGAGAGCUGGGACCAAAGUAACAAAGCCUACCAUCAGUAACACACUACGCCGCCAGGGACUCAAAUCCUGCAGUGCAAGACGUGUCCCCCUGCUUAAGCCAGUACAUGUCCAGGCCCAUCUGAAGUUUGCUAGAGUGCAUUUGGAUGAUCCAGAAGAGGAUUGGGAGAAUGUCAUAUGGUCAGAUGAAGCCAAAAUAUAACUUUUUGGUAAAAACUCAACUUGUCGUGUUUGGAGGACAAAGAAUGCUGAGUUGCAUCCAAAGAACACCAUACCUACUGUGAAGCAUGGGGGUGGAAACAUCAUGCUUUGGGGCUGUUUUUCUGCAAAGGGACCAGGACGACUGAUCCGUGUAAAGGAAAGAAUGAAUGGGUCCAUGUAUCGUGAGAUUUUGAGUGAAAACCUCCUUCCAUCAGCAAGGGCAUUGAAGAUGAAACGUGGCUGGGUCUUUCAGCAUGACAAUGAUCCCAAACACACCGCCCGGGCAACGAAGGUCCUGGAGUGGCCUAGCCAGUCUCCAGAUCUCAACCCCAUAGAAAAUCUUUGGAGGGAGUUGAAAGUCUGUGUUGCCCAGCGACAGCCCCAAAACAUCACUGCUCUAGAGGAGAUCUGCAUGGAGGAAUGGGCCAAAAUAUUAGCAACAGUGUGUGAAAACCUUGUGAAGACUUACAGAAAACGUUUGACCUGUGUCAUUGCCAACAAAGGGUAUAUAACAAAGUAUUGAGAAACUUUUGUUAUUGACCAAAUACUUAUUUUCCACCAUAAUUUGCAAAUAAAUUCAUAAAAAAUCCUACAAUGUGAUUUUCUGGAUUUUUUUUUCUCAUUUUGUCUGUCAUAGUUGACGUGUACCUAUGAUGAAAAUUACAGGCUUCUCUCAUCUUUUUAAGUGGGAGAACUUGCACAAUUGGUGGCUGACUAAAUACAUUUUUUCCCCACUGUAGUUCAACACUAUAGCAUAAUCAAUAAACAGCUGUUUUAUAAUAUAAUGAGCAGUGUAGUUUAUUUGUCUUGUAAGGGCAUGUAAUGUCUCUGUAUAAACUUAACAUUUCUUGACAAUGUCUCACAUUUAGGACACUCAGCAUGCAAGUUUUCCAGGUGCACACAGUAAGUAUUCCCCAGCACUUUACACACAACAUAAGUCUCUCGCAUCUUUAACCUCUGGAUACAGGUUGAUUUCGUAAUGCUCAUGAGUUCCCUUCUCACCCUUCCUCACCUCCAGAGAGACAAACCAAGACGUCGAGCAGUCACCAGUCCAAGGCAGCACCAUGCGACGGAGAUCAGGCCAAGUGAGUGUCCCUCCCCUUCACCCUGAACAUUAUGGCUAGCCGCCAGCUGCUUAAUAAUCCAGACAGGUGACACAGAUUCUCCCUCCAAGCACUUUGUCUUUUCAUGCCUUUGACAUAAAGACUCGCAAGCAUUGAGGGACACAGAAUAGGAGCCAUAUUGCUUAGUUCUCCCAAUAGUUGUUUGUGUGAUUAUGAAGCCAUAUCUGGUGUUAAUGUGUAACGUCCACGGCCUUGUAAUGUUCCAGUAAUGUUCUGCUGGAGGAUGACCUGAAGCUCAGCAGUGAUGAGGACAGUGAUGGAGAACAGGACUCGGCUAAAAACGCCUCCAGAAACGCGUCGGCAAGGUAGUGGCCUUACUGGUCUCUCAGACUGAGACCCAUUGGAGCUCACGUUCUUGAUAUGAUUCACCCCCCUCAGAACUUAAAAGAAAUGCUAGAAGAAUAGCUAGCUAUUUUAAUGUGUAACUACUAACUGAUGAUGCCUUCACAAGAACAGCCCCAAGCCUGCUGCCCACUGACUAACUGCGUAUCCCAAUCUCUGUCCCACAGUAACAACAGUAAUAACAACGAGGGAGCAGAGCACUCGCGGGACGACUCCAGCAGUCACAGUGGCUCAGAGAGCAGCUCUGGGUCGGACAGUGAGAGCGAGAGCAGCUCCACAGACAGCGAGGCCAACGAGCCUCCUCGCCCUGCAUCACCAGAGGUAGGCCUGCUCAGACCUUUGACUACUCUCUUCCCUUUGGCCUGUCAUAAUAAUAAUAAUAAUAAUAAUAACCGAUGACAGUUGUCCCUUGUCAGUACCAUUACCUUCUUGCACCUGACCUGUUGAGGUGUGCAGAAUAUGCUGUAGUAGAUCCCAGUCUUACCUCCACACUUUUCCUCACAGCCUGAACCAGCCACAGCCAAUAAAUGGCAGUUGGACAACUGGUUCAAGAAAGCUAAGCAGUUCUCUCCGGCCUCCCCAGUGGACAAUAAUGUACCCACUAAGUACAAGAAGGAGGGCCGGGACCAGAGCUCAGGCCGGGGCUACAGCGGGCAGGGAGGGUCUAAGGACUCAGGGGUGCCCACACCUAGUAGAGACCUGAGGGCAGCACAGAAGGGCUCAGAGAGCGCCCGUGGCCGGCAGAAAUCCCCGGCUCAGAGCGAGGGUGGUGCAGGCCAGCGCAGGACGGUGGGUAAAAAACUGCCCAAAAAGUUUGAGAAGCCCCCGGUGGUGGAGGAGCCUAAGGGGGGGCUAAGGGUGGAGAGUGAACCUGCUCCGGAGAUCCCUCCCCAUCGGCCCAAGGCCGCCACCAAGGGCUCCCGCAAACCCAACAUCAAGAAGGAGCCCAAGUCCUCGCCCAGACCGGACAAGCGCAAGAGCAAGGCGCCCAUCAAGAAGUCCCGGAAGUUUGUGGACACGGAGUCUUCCUCCUCAGAAUCAGAGGAAAACGACAGCAUUCCCUCGUCGUCGCAGACCCCCAAGUACACAGAGAGCAUCAGGACUCCAGUGUGUGUGUUCUCUCCUAUGGAAGAGAAAGAGCUGCUCUCUCCUCUCAGCGACCCAGACGACCGCUUCCCCGUCAGGCAGCAGCAGGGGCUCAUGGUGAAGAUUGACCUGACCCUGCUCUCCCGCGUCCCUGGACGGCCUUACAAAGACCUAGUAGAGCCCAAAGUAGAGAGGGACUGCUCCUUGGACAGAGACAGCAAGGACUUCCAGAAGCAGCCGUCUGAGAAGAGCUCCGGUAAGGGCAAGAGGAAACACAAGGUAUGGCCUGCCACAGCACACUGCUAUUCAUGACAUGUUAGGACUUGACUUUGGUUUACUAUGCAAAUUGGUGAAAAAUAUUGCUAUGACAGGGUCUGUUAAGCUAGAAUGUCAAUUACUUUUGGCCAUCUUCCUAAUGUUUAUAAGCUGCAGUUUGAAGAGUGGUGUGAUAUUACAUGGUCAGCUGAUACCCAGUCUAAUACAAUAUCUAUUUAUUUUAAAGCCUUUCAAAUGCACCCACAAUAAAUCAUCCUUUCCUCUCCCCUGUUAUUCAACUUAGAAUGAAGACGAGAGCAGCAAGCCUGAUGGCAAGAAGUCCAGGCUUGAAGACAAAUCCUCAUCUCACCACAAGACCAGCAGCAAAGAGUGAGUAUUUUCAUCCUAACAAAGCCAUCACAUUGUUAGCUUUUAAACUCCAACAUUAUGAACAUUGAAUGCUAACAUUGAUAACCACCCACACCAGGUCUAAGAGGGCCAUGGAGGCCAAGGUGAAGGAGGAGCCGGUGCCUUCUCCCUCCAUAUCAGGGUCAGGAGGGCUGCAGAGGACGCCCAAGGCAGAGCACCAGAGCCGCAAGCGGACGGUCAGCCAGUCGUCCACCUCCCUGUCCAGCGGAGCCAGCAGUGGCAAGGAGGGAGGCCACAGCACCAAGAGCAGCUCCACCUCCAAACACACAAAAGGCGGGGACAAGCAGGGCAGGAGCACCCGGGAGGGCAAGGUCUGUGUUUGUCAGUCUAGUCUAGCUGUCUCUCCGUCUAUGUGGGCUGCACCUUGUCAACCCACUGUCUUGCUCUACCUUGUCAACCCACUGUCUUGCUCUACCUUGUCAACCCACUGUCUUGCUCUACCUUGUCAACCCACUGUCUUGCUCUACUAGACACCAUUUUAUACAAACUUGUGUACACAUCACUGGAGUGUCCUUUACCAGCUGAACUGAGUAUUAAGCCGGCACAAAUCUUUUACAAGAUGUCCACCCACUGCCAUGCCCUCCAAAUACAUUUGGGAAGGACACAAAUAUAUCAUUAGUAGCGCAUCACUUUCACCACUGCAUGAUUUGUUAUACGGUCACAUAAACUAGCCCACAUAGGAUUAUAAACUUUUUUGUUGCGUCUCUGCAGGAGAAAUCCUCAAAGGGCUCUGAUAACCAGCUUGCUGUGCCACCGCUCUCCUCGGAUGGCUCAAAGUCCCUGAGGUCAAAAUUGGUGUUUGAGGACAGGUAAGAAGAGCAGCCUCCUCUCCACUGUGGAUAACCUACUGCCAGCCAGCAUGUAGAGCUGUAGAGAGAGGGUUGCCUUUGAUGUCAAGCCCCUGGGAUGUCAAGCCCCUGGGAUGUGGGGAAUGGAUGUGCCAGUGUAAAUAAAACAGGCCACUUUCCAUGGCCUAGAAUCUUCACACCCCCUCCCUGUAUAUUGCCAUGUAGUUGUUCGGAGAGUCUAUUGGAAUAGUUAGAAGAAAAGUACUUAAUUUUUAUGUUAUUUUUCAAAGUACAGGAAAUAAUUGCAAUAACUGACUGGUGAACCUGUUGUGUUUCAGGAUUCACUCUGCCGAUCACUACUUACAAGAGGCCAAGAAACUGAAACACAACGCAGAUGCUCUGGUAAGAAACGAUUGCAUACAUAUACAGUAUAUUAGCUGUUAUGUGAAACCAAGAGUAUGCCAACUGUUUUGCGCGAAAAGCUAGGGAAUUUAGUCAUUAUUUUGCACACGCUCUGAAAUGGAAUGGUUUUACUGUGUAGUGCUUUUACAUCAUCUUAUUGGCUCCUCUGGCUACUGAAAGUGGAGCUGCUACAGGAGCUAUAAUAGUACACCCUGGGGAUUAUCAUCAGAUGCCUAUGGUAUCAAUAGUACACCCUGGGGAUUAUCAUCAGAUGCCUAUGGUAUCAAUAGUACACCCUGGGGAUUAUCAUCAGAUGCCUAUGGUAUCAAUAGUACACCCUGGGGAUUAUCAUCAGAUGCCUAUGGUAUCAAUAGUACACCCUGGGGAUUAUCAUCAGAUGCCUAUGGUAUCAAUAGUACACCCUGGGGAUUAUCAUCAGAUGCCUAUGGUAUCAAUAGUACACCCUGGGGAUUAUCAUCAGAUGCCUAUGGUAUCAAUAGUACACCCUGGGGAUUAUCAUCAGAUGCCUAUGGUAUCAAUAGUACACCCUGGGGAUUAUCAUCAGAUGCCUAUGGUAUCAAUAGUACACCCUGGGGAUUAUCAUCAGAUGCCUAUGGUAUCAAUAGUACACCCUGGGGAUUAUCAUCAGAUGCCUAUGGUAUCAAUAGUACACCCUGGGGAUUAUCAUCAGAUGCCUAUGGUAUCAAUAGUACACCCUGGGGAUUAUCAUCAGAUGCCUAUGGUAUCAAUAGUACACCCUGGGGAUUAUCAUCAGAUGCCUAUGGUAUCAAUAGUACACCCUGGGGAUUAUCAUCAGAUGCCUAUGGUAUCAAUAGUACACCCUGGGGAUUAUCAUCAGAUGCCUAUGGUAUCAAUAGUACACCCUGGGGAUUAUCAUCAGAUGCCUAUGGUAUCAAUAGUACACCCUGGGGAUUAUCAUCAGAUGCCUAUGGUAUCAAUAUUACACCCUGGGGAUUAUCAUCAGGUGCCUAUGGUAUCAAUAGUACACCCUGGGGAUUAUCAUCAGAUGCCUAUGGUAUCAAUAGUACACCCUGGGGAUUAUCAUCAGAUGCCUAUGUGUAUCUCACUGCCCGUAUUAGGAGACUGGAUGCGUUCUAGCCCUAUUCUACAGUAUCCAGGGAACCCAUACAUUUUUUUAUUAGAAAUCUACCUGAUGCUAAUGAUAUUUCCCACCUCUUUAAGGAAUACCUGGGAUAGUAUAAAGUAAUCCUUCUACCCCCCCCCCCAAAAAAAAAAAAACAACUUGUAAAGUGGUUAUCCCACUGGCUAUAAGGUGAAUGCACCAAUUUGUAAGUCGCUCUGGAUAAGAGCGUCUGCUAAAUGACGUAAAUGUAAAAAGAAUCCCAUUACUUUCACCACAAGCACUGGUCAUGAAGCGUUCCCCUUGCUACUAACUGUCCUAAAUUUGAGUGAGAGGGAAUCGGUUGCUUAAGAGCCAGUUUUCCUAAUGUGUGUUGUUGCUGUGUGCAGAUGGACCGGUUUGAGAAGGCUGUGUACUACCUGGAUGCUGUGGUGUCCUUUAUCGAGUGUGGCAACGCACUGGAGAAGAGUGCUCAGGAGGCUAAGUCCCCCUUCCCCAUGUAUGCCGAGACCGUGGAGCUCAUCAAGUAAGAAUAAAUGGCUGUAUUUCUCUACAACUUCUCUACGACAUGUUUUAACAACAUAGUUUCAGUAUCAAAUAGCAAAUAUCUUCAUAGUAGCAAUUACAUUUCAUAGAAACACCAUAGACCCAGCACUGCACAAAUGGACAAAUUAUUCACGGAAUUUACAGUAUCAACUUUAUUAUUAUUAUUAUUAUGAAACCUUACUUAGAGUGCUGGGAACCGGUCAUUAAGGUGUGUGUGUGUGUGUAUUUCAGGUACACUAUGAAGUUAAAGAGCUACAUGGCCCCAGAUGCUACGUCAGCAGACAAAAGGCUAGCAGUGUUGUGGUAGGUGUCCUGACUCAUAGCUUGAUAUAUUCCAUUUAGUGUGUCUGGACUGGAUCGUCAUUAUUCCCCUGCUAACACUCAUUCAUUCAUCCCUCCCUCCUACUCCAGCCUGCGAUGCCAGUCCCUCCUCUACCUGAGACUGUUCAAGCUGAGAAAAGAGAGUGCACUGAAAUACUCUAAAACACUCACAGAGCAUCUGAAGGUAAUUCAUUUUCCUUGGUGCAUGUUCAUAGGAGUUGUAAUAUUGUCACUUCAAAUGUGUGUUCCUUGAAUUUAGUAUUGUAUGGAUUAGCAGAAUGAGAGACAGUCAAGUUGCAUUGCUUAUGUUUGUUCUGCGUUUCAAUUUGUUUUUCAGAAUUCCUUGAGCAACACCCAAGCUCCCUCUCCUGGAAUGGGAAGGUAAGACAUUUUAUUAGUUGUAUGAUGUAUGCUGUCUUGAGACCAACAGUCUUCUUAAAUGUAUUUCUCUUGUCAAUUAAUGGUCCAGACAUUAUGCUGAAUCAUGGUGAAUCAUCUUGUUUUGAGUGGUUGUGAUUCUCCGCUUACCAGCCAUCUGUAUCUCUCUGUCUUCCAGUAAAGCGGCUGGCAUGCCCUCGCCAGUCUCUCCCAAACUGUCCCCAGGUAGUGCUGGUAGCUACUCGUCAGGCACAGCCAGCACCAGCGGCAGCUCCUCGGUAACCAUCCCCCAGCGCAUCCACCAGAUGGCUGCCAGCUACGUCCAGGUCACCUCCAACUUCCUCUUCGCCACCGAGGUGUGGGACCAAGCAGAGCAGCUAUCUAAAGAGCAGAAAGGUACCCGACUCGUUUGCUCUCCUCCUCUAUCUCUAUGGAAUGCCUACGGUGGUGUUAGGAUAUUGAUACCUUGGGAGUUGGGCUAUCUACUGCUUGUUGAAGACGUUAUAUUAGGCUCCUGGAUGAAUCCAUAAUCUAAGUGAAACUAGCUCUGUAAGUGUUGACCUGGCAAGCCAUUCCUGGGCUGGAGGUCUCUGUUAAGUGUUUACCUUACUCACCCUGGUUGUGUUAUGUCUCCUGUCUGUUUUGCAGAGUUCUUCACGGAGCUGGACAAGGUGAUGGGCCCUUUGAUCUUCAACACCAGCAGCAUGACUGAACUGGUGCGCUUCACGCGGCAGGGCCUACACUGGCUGAGGCUGGAUGCUAAGCUCAUUCCCUGAAGGACGCUAUAUACACUCCACACACAC